GACAGUAUUUAAUCACCGAUUGAGAGCGAUAGAGAAAAAAAAGUUUCUAUUUUUUCUCGCUCUCUUUUUCUUCUUUUUUUAUUACUCUUUAAAAGAAAUACAUAUUAGUUGAAUAUAUAAGAAGUACCUCUUAUAUUUCAAUUCUACUCGAGAAAUACAUCAUUUAUAUUAUAAGGAAACAUAUAGUAGACAUAUAAUACUUCUUUUAUCAAAAGAAGGAUGGGUUUAUGUCAUUCUACCGAGGAAGACAACCAAGAACACCGGCGCAGCAAUGAAAUUGACAGGCUUAUCGAAAAAGAGCGAAAUAGACGAGAGAAAGAGUUCAAAAUAUUAUUGUUAGGCAGUGGCGAGUCUGGAAAGUCAACCAUACUGAAACAGAUGAAGAUCAUAAACCUGAAUGGCUAUUCACAAGACGAACUCUUCACUUGGCGUUCAACUGUAUACAGAAACGUAGUGGAAUCAGCACAAACAAUUAUCCAAGCGUUUGCUGAAUCUGGUCUUUCGUUUCAAACGCCAGAACUAAACGAUUACAUUGAUCGUAUGUUAGCUUAUCGAGUGUCAGGAAACCCAAAAAGUCAAUUAAGUCCUGAAGUAGUUGCGUUUGUCAAGUUAUUAUGGAAAGAUCCAGUAGUCAGGAGCUCAUUUGAGAAGCUUGAAAAGAAAUAUUAUAUUAUGGAUUCUGCUGCCUAUUUUUUUGACUCGAUUGAACGCAUAGGACAAGCAAGUUAUCUACCAAACGAACAAGAUGUCUUGCGGGCAAGACUUAAAACUACUGGCAUCACAGAGAUACAAUUCCAGCUGGGAAGCUUAAUGAUACAUAUGUUUGAUGUUGGUGGACAACGGUCAGAACGGAAGAAAUGGAUUCACUGCUUUGACUCUGUGACAUCAGUCAUUUUUUGUGUAGCAUUAAGCGAAUAUGAUCAAGUCUUGCUUGAAGAAUCAAACCAAAAUCGCAUGAUGGAAAGUUUAGCAUUGUUUGAAUCGAUUGUUAACAGCAGAUGGUUUAUUCAUUCUUCAAUCAUGCUGUUUUUAAACAAAGUUGACAUAUUUAAAGCAAAAAUAGCUGGAUCACCACUAGAAAAGUUUUUUCCUGAUUAUGGAGGAGGAAACGAUGCUAACAAAGCAGCCAAAUACAUUCUCUGGAGGUUUUUACAGUGCAACAGAAAUAAGCUAAAUAUUUACCCACACCUGACACAAGCAACAGAUACAUCAAAUAUUAGAUUUGUGUUUGCAGCAGUGCGAGAAACAUUACUGCAAAAUGCGCUUCGAGAUUCUGGCAUGCUUUAAACUCAUUAUUUUAUUUACUAGUACCAUCUAAUUCUGUAUAGUUUUUAUCAAUCUAUUUACAUAUCACCCUUCCACAUUAUCUUGUCUGUCUCCAUACUUGUCUGGUUUGUUCCGAAAUGAAAAGACCAUAAUAAUUCCAUCACUUACUGAAAAGAUACACAAUUAAUAUAGUUUGUAUAUUUCUAAUCUAAAAGACUUUGUCUUUCUUCCCCUUUUACACUCCAUAUAUACCUUCUUUUUCUUUUCUACAUCUUUCUUAAAUAAAUAUCUCUUGAUAUUAUUAA